AUGACCUCGAUGCCGAGAUCAGACCAGAUGAUGCAACGAUUGACGGGCGUGUACAUUCGUUGGUCAGUAGUCUCAAAUAUCGUGGCGAUGACAUUCCCUCGUGGACGCCUCGCAACAACGGAAAGGCAAUGGCAAUUGGCGGGAACACCCUCGUCAUCGAAAUGGGACCUCAUGAGAGGUGUUAUAUGGGACGGUCCUCGAACGAAAGAAGAACAUCGCCUUAUACAACGUCUCGACUUCUUUGUGCUAAGCUGGGCGACUUUUCGGUAUUUCGUCAGACUACUUGACUCAAGUAACAUAACGAAUGCGUAUGUCAGUGGCAUGAAAGAGGACCUAGACUUUCAAGGCAAUGAGUACAACCUGCUGCAAACAUUCUUUACUUGCGGGUAUCUAGUCGGCCAAUUUCCUUCACAGUUCCUGCUCACUCGUAUUCGCCCUUCAAUUUAUCUACCCAUGACCGAGCUCCUUUGGACCAUUGUCACCUUUUGUUUUGCCGCAGUCAAGGACGUUCGUCAGGUCUUAGCUAUGAGGUUCCUGCUUGGAUUUCUUGAAAGCCCCUUUGCCGUCGUCGUUCUAACCAUCAUGGGGAGUUGGUAUACCCCGCGAGAGCUUUCCAAACGGAUCUCGAUUUUCUACUCGGCCAGCUAUGCUGCCAGUAUGUUCAGCGGAUAUCUCCAGGCCGCGAUUUACAAGGGUCUCAAUGGAGCCGUUGGUCUCCCAGGCUGGCGGUGGCUGUUCAUUUUCUGUGGCAUAAUCUCGAUCUGGGCUCCUAUCUGGGGAUUCUUCGCCGUCCCUGACAACCCUCAUAUCACAAGGGCCCGCUGGAUGCGUUACAGGGUCUCAGCUAUAUUCACCAACUGGCCCAUCUACAUGGAGGACGCUGGCGUAGAUUGUACUUGUCAUUGUGUUGUCACGCAGCCCCUCAACUACUUCUCGGUCUGGCUCAAGUCCUUGGACCGUUUCACGGUCUACCAAAUCAAUCUCUUUCCCACUGCAGCACAAGCGGUCGGCCUUGUGACUACUCUGCUGCAUGCUUGGGCGUGGGGCAUUGACAUCAUGCACAAGAACAUGGAGGAGCGCGCAAUCGUCAUCGGAGUCGCACAGACUCUAGGCCAGGCCUUCAUCGCAUGGGUUCCAGUGAUGAUCCUCGAUGUGGGUAAAUACGCGCCCUCCUUCUACGUGAGAUUCUCUGCCAUGUGUGGAGUGGGCGUUUUGGAGCUUUCGAGUAUUUUCCUCAUCAGAUACUUCGAGAAGCGAGAGGUGACGAAGAACGACCAAGAAAUCACUAGCGAGUGAUCAUCGUUCUG